UGGACACGGUGCUGAUCUGCUGUGACAGUUGAUUCCCAUGGCUCUUACACAGGAUACCCUGUGUUACAGGCUACAAAACAUGAAUUCAGACUUUGGUGCGAGGCCAGUCAGCGCCCUGGCCCGAGGGGUGCAGAUUACAGAAUUUAUGGAGACAAGAGUGAACCCAGAACCAAUAGUGUUAGAGGACAGUGAUGUUCUUCUGGAACAGUACCUCUCUCCAGGAAAACUGAAAUUACUCACUGGUGUACAGAAUCUAGAUUCAGUGACCAGUCUGGAGCUAAAAGUGAACACUUCCGACACCAGUCUCGGGAAUUUCGGAUCAUUACUUCCAAACCUGACUCAACUACGUCUGUCUAAUAGUGUUACCCCUUGUAUUAGGGAUCUGGGCUCAUCACUACGGUUUGUACAGGUGCUGUGGAUGUCACGAUGCUCCCUGGUAGAGCUGGAUGGUGUAUCCUCGAUGAGCAGUCUUCAGGAACUCUACCUAUCUUAUAAUGAAAUUUCAGACAUCAGUCCUCUCAGUAUGUUAGAUAAACUCCAAAUACUUGACUUAGAAGGGAAUAAUUUAGACGAUAUAUCACAAAUACAGUAUCUGUCCUUCUGUAUGAAAUUGACGAAUCUUACAUUAGAAGCAAACCCUCUAUGUGUUCACCCCUCUCCUGACAGUGAGGAUGCAAAUUAUGACUAUAGAAAGGAAGUAAAGAAAAGUUUACCUCACCUUGUCACUUUGGAUGAUGAGCCCUUAACAACAGACUCAGCGUCUAGUAAAGCAAAAAAUGUGUUUGAUGCUGACUGGACAUUUUUAGAGGAAUUACAAAAAGAUUUGGGACUAACAGGCUCCCUGGAGAGUUUAGAAACUUCAGAGGGAGGAGGCCCAUCAGACUCAAGUCGUCCUAGCAGUGCCUCCCUACGCCCAUCCACAGCUUAUAGACCAGGAAGUGCUCUCAGACCUUCUUCAGGAUUCCGUCCUCUCACAGGGUCAAGGCGCCCUGCUACUACAUCAGGAAGUUUACGUCCUGCCACAGCACGGCCUGGAACAGCUAGUAACACAAGCCCUACUGAUGGAAAGUCAGAAGAGGCGUCAAGUGAUUUAACUUUAGGGAAUGUCAUUUGUGGUAACCCAUCUAAAGCUUUGUUGUCACGGAGACGAAUAACAGGACCAGACAACAAAGAGUCUACUGCUCCUAAGAUGUUUCCCCAGUUUAAACAUCAGCCAGAGCAUACCUAUGAUCUACCUCCAGAGGAUGACAGAGAUAGAUCAGAGAUUAUGUCAGAAUUACAAGCCUGGAAAAAGGAACAUGAAAAGCGUAUGAUAAAGAUCCAGGAGGCAAAGGCUCCACAAGUCUUAGUUGUGGAUCAUGAUGAUGCCAUCAGUCUCUCUGGGGAGGAAAUCACAUCUGAUGAAGACGAGGAAAUUGAUGGCGACCUUGGAUUCUCUCCCCUUGGUGCAAAUACAACAGAGGAAGAUAACAAAUUGAAUCACAAAAUGGUUACGAAGGAUCAUCACAGAAACGAGCAGUUAUCAGGUGAACAGGAAUCAACUGCUAAUGACCCUCUCCUGUCACUACUGAACAAACAGCCAGCAUCAGGAAAUGAGAGUGUCCGUCCAAAGUCCAGAGGCCCCUUGCGACCUAGUCCUCCUAUUAAGCCAAACACUGUGGUAAGAGGAAGCAGUCCUGUACGUGGUGUACUCCGUGUGUCAGAUAAUCUCGGACUACCCCGAGCUCCCUCAGUUACCUCAUCUACAGACGAACCUAGCCUUCUCUCUUCCGGCUCAAGUGAUAUCAGGAGGAAAUAUGAUCGCAGUAAUAUCUACUCUGAUGUUGUGCAGCCAGUGAUAAGAGGUACACCAUCGGCAGCAGCAGAGCGAUCUGUCCCCUCUACCCGGCCAUUUACUGCCAAUGCUGUCCUUCAACCGUCCAUGCCAUCUACACACCAAAGGAUUCGCCGUACACUCCCAUCAGUACCCAGUCUGCCUUCUCGCCCUCCUGUUCCAAAGUAGCCAAAAACUCAAA